AUGGCGAACCGCGACCCCAAACCCAAAAUCGACCGACAAGCUACAACCCCCUUCCACCUCAAGCUCUUCUACCGCCAAAACACCUACCACAAUCUCUCCGACUUCUCCGUCCAAUCCUCCUCAAGACACUCAUUCAGCGGUCCCGUCAGCGGCCCCAACGCAAUCCGCACACGCUCGCCCCCACCACCACCAACCCUCCCAGCACACCUGCAAAUCUACACCUGGCAAUCCUGCACCCUCCGCGAGCUCUCGCAGCUGCUCACAUCCGCGCUGCCCAAGGCAUUACCUGACCCACCAAUCGGGACGAGACUCUGCUUCCGCCUCAUCUACCCGGACACCAAGGGCGCGGCGAUGAUGGGCCCCGACGCGCGCGGAAGAUAUCUCAGCAAGGAGUUGGGGAGUGUGAUUGUUGGGCCGAGAGAGAGUAGUGAUGAGGAGGCUGAGAGGAGCGGUGCGCCUGCGCCGCGGGGACCGUUUAGGCUGCAGGGGAACGAUGCGGAGAAGACGCUGCAGGAGGCGCGCUUUGUUAUUGGGGAUUAUGUUGACUGUGCGAUUUUGCCGCCGCUGGAGGAUGGGUCUGUGGCGCCGCCGAUUGCUGGGGGACGGGGGCCGGGCAUUGGGGGKGGGAUGAGGGCGUUCCGGGAUGUUGGGUUUGGUGGUGGGCGAGGGGGCAGGGGAGGCAGGGGCGGUGGUGAUCGAGGUAUCCCGUCUGGUGAUUGGAGGCGUGGUGAGAGAUUGCCGGAUCGCGAUGGUGGACGUGGUGGAUAUGGGGGUGGGAGGAGGGGAGGUGGAUGGGCGCCGUAUUGA